AUGAUAGACACAUUCAAAACCUACCCGGGUCUGAACUUCCAAGAGGACUGGAAGGUGGUGACGAUGCUGAUUGGCAUGAAUGACAUCUGUGAUUACUGUAAAAACAACACUCUCUUCUCCCCUGACAGCUUCAUCCACUACAUGACAGCGGCGCUCGACAUGAUGAUGAAUGAGCUCCCCCGGACGAUCGUCAACGUCGUGCAGAUUCUCCCGAUGAAGCCGCUGAGGGAAGUUCAGAAACCCUCUCUUGGCUGUCAGCUUCAAAAAAGUUUCUGCUCUUGCCUGGUUCUGCCGGAAGAAAACUCCACCGAACUGAAGGAGCUCAUAGAGAUGAACUUUGAAUUCCAGAGGAGACUAGAGAAGCUUCUGCACAGUGACCGUUUCUUCAAGGAGGAUUUCGCUGUGGUUCUGCAGCCCUAUUUACAGCAUGCACAACCGCCGAGACUGCCUAACGGGACGAUCGACAUGAGCUUCUUCACAGCCGACUGCUUCCACUUCAGGGUGAAGGGCCACGAGGAGCUGGCCAAGGGCCUGUGGAACAACAUGUUCCAGCCAGAGGGAGAGAAGGAUAUGCUGGACAUUUUCUCCGAGCCUGUAAAACUCAUCUGCCCACCCAAGGAGCACCCGUACAUCUACACCCGGCCCAGAGCGGCGUCCUCUGCCCUGGUGCUGAAACAACACUCAGUGACUCACAUCUCCCUUGUUUUUGUGUUUGUCCUGCUCAGCCAUACGAUGUAUUGAUGAUAUUAGACACCUAUAAAUCAGAUUACACACUGUUGGAAUUUAAGUUGCACUAAACUCUCAUCAUAUAUCCUCAGAGACUAUGGAUUACACUUUCAGUUACCAAAAAAGUACAUUAAAAAAACAAGUCCAUAUUUACUGACUAUUACUAU